AUGCAAAUCGGCAGUUUGGGCGAUCUGGGGCCUUCAGGCCGCCGGAUAGCUCACGUUGCAACUCUGAAUUCGAGUCUUCCAGAUCCUUUGGAAUCUGUCAACCAGAAUAUCCCAAUAUCUCUGCGUCGAACUACUCUUGAGAAAAUGUUCCGAAUCUUUCUCGAUGAGGUCAAGCUAAAGCGAGCCAUACCGGACUCUCCUUCAAAUGAAAAGGAGCCCGGUGCAUGCAUUUAUACAUUUCCAUUUAUGGAAAUGGCAUAUGAGCGAGAGCGCAAAACUGCAUCAAGGUGCAUGAAAAAGACCUCAUACGUUGCUGAAAUGGCUUCUCACCUUUUAUUUUUGAAAAGGCAAGCGAUACCAAAAUGGAUCAAAGAAAACUGUGGCCAUGAAAGUGGCAAAGAAAACAAGAGCACAACGGAGAAAGACACGGCUCCAGCCAACUCGAUUCCCGUGGCUUCCUUUGCUGCUCCGCAGCCUCCGCCAUCCAAGAUCGAAGUGCUCCUCGGAAUGCCGAGACGGUUUUCAGAAAUCCAAAUGUAUUUGCUAAGUUCCGAACAAGCUGCCAAAGUUGGGAUUCCUUCAAAAGAUUACCGAUUUUCAUAUCGUAUUUCUUCAGAAACGUCUAUCGCUAGCGAUCCGGUUGCAUGCGAGCGAUGCGAGAUUGAAUUUAUUCCGUCGAAUUACUACAAGUCUUCAAGCCCAUCCUCAUGUGCGUAUCACGAGGGAAAACUAAGAUGGCCUCCAGCAAAUGCCGAAAACAGUAAUCGUGGCAUGCGGAAGAAUAACACUAAGCGGUGGAGCUGCUGCGAGGGCGAUCGCUACUCGACAGCGUGUUCUUUGGCCCAGCUUCAUGUCUAUCGCAUCCCAGCUAUUGCAGACUUUGAGAUGGGGGCUUCGCCCGCAUUUUCAGACGCAAAAGUAGAUCUUUCCAGGUCUGUUGUAACUCAUUCUGGUCUCUCUCUUGCAAGAAUUAGUAUCGUUGGGUGGGACUCCCAAAGCGUGCUCCUUGAUUUGCUUGUCAAAAGCAAAGAUCAAGUGGUUGAUUACAAUACCGCAUUUUCUGGGAUCACCGAAGGAACUUUUAACGGACAAAAUAAGGAUGGGCCACCGAUUGUUUCUUUUGAAGAAGCGCAGCUAAGGGUCGUUGAUUUGUUAUCUUGUUCCGAACGCGUCGUUCUUGUGGGCCACUCGAUUGAAAACGAUCUGCAUGCCGUAGCCCAUGACCUUAUCAUCGACACCUCGGUGCUGUUUCCCCAUCACUUGGGACCAAAUUACAGGUACGGAUUGAAAGGGCUUGCUGAGCGAUAUUUGCAGGAAAAGAUCCAGGCCAACAUUGGACACUCUUCACUGGAAGAUGCCAGGGCUGCCUUGGAUAUCUUCAAGUUCAAGCUUGCUUUAGAUCGAGGCCUAAUUGCCAUCACCCAGUGA